AGAAAAUGCUAAACUCUCACUUUUGCAGGCUUAUAAACUACAUAUCACUUCGUCGUAUAAAAUCAACUCAUCAUUUUCCAAUUUUUAUGCGCCCAAACAAUUCCUUAAUCCUUUUCUUACACACUCACACUCUCUACUUCUAGCUUAAACCCAACCCUUACUUUCUACAAUGGAUGUUUUCUCUCAGUACUCUGACUCACUCCCUUUUGCCUCUCAUUCUUGGUCGCCUGAUACCUGCAGUGCUGCAAACUUUUCCGAUGAGGACAUCUUGCUAGCUUCCAGCUAUCCCAAGAAGCGGGCAGGCCGAAAGAAGUUCCGGGAGACGCGCCAUCCUGUUUACCGUGGGGUCCGCCAGAGGAACUCCGGGAAGUGGGUUUGUGAAGUUAGAGAACCGAACAAGAAAUCAAGAAUAUGGUUAGGGACUUUCCCCACGGCUGAAAUGGCUGCCCGAGCUCACGACGUGGCUGCGCUAGCUCUGAGAGGACGAUCUGCCUGCUUGAAUUUUGCGGACUCGUCAUGGCGACUUCCUGUACCUGCAUCCAGUGAAGCGAAGGACAUUCAGAAGGCGGCAGCAGAGGCAGCAAUGGCAUUCCAACCGGUGGGGACAGAAGGGUUUUGUGAAGAAGUAAAACUAGAAAAUAAGACAACGACGGAGGCAGCUACAGAGGAAGUAUUUUAUAUGGAUGAAGAGGCGGUUUUUGGGAUGCCAGGACUACUGGCAUAUAUGGCAGAAGGGAUGCUAUUGCCUCCACCGCAAUGCGUUGCACAGAGCGGGGAAGACAUAGAAACGGAUGCAGCUGAUGUGCCAUUAUGGAGUUUUUCUGUAUAAUUUAUUAAGAAAAUAAACUUAGUGUUUUAUUAGAUAUAGUAUAUACAAAUGUAGCUUGAUAUUCAGUGCAUCACUAAGGUCGAGUGUAUUUGGUGCUAGCUUCAUUGUAAACCCAUAAAAAGCAAAAAAGAAAAAAAAAAAAGAGAAAAUCCUCCGUACUUAAUAUUUUUUACUAGUACGGUAAGAAAUGGAAAGGUUGAAUUUGACAAAA